AUGUUGAGGCUGGAUCCUGAGCGGACCAAUGAACUGAACUUUCGGGAGCUCAUGCGUCGGCAGAGCGCUGUUGCUCCGGCUCCCGUACGCGAGGAAACGGCCGGCGCGACUCGCGUGCUUGCGCCGUCCACUGCUACCGCUUCCGUCGUCGCUUCAGGAACUUUAGAAGCGUCCGAUGGUGUCGCAUUCAGGACUGAGGCUGCCCAGCCCUCUCAAACGGAAGCAAACAAGCCAGUCUCCGCUUUGGAAGCGACGGGGAGCUUGCGGCUUCCCACGAAGCAGGGAGAUCUGGAAACAAACGUUCGCGAGCAGCCUCCGGGGUCACCUGCCUCAAUUCCACAGACUAUUGCACCUGUGAGGGCGACAGUUCCAACCGGACGACAACGUCAAGGUCGCAAACGGCGACGCCGACGGCUGAACGCUGCAGUUCGUGGCAACUACGAGUCCGACGACUCCGUUUAUGACUAUGACUCCGACUUUAUUGAUGACUCUGAAAUAACCGAGGAUUUUGCAGCUGAUAUGCAGCCUGGUUUUGGCGUAUUAUCCAGCAUCCUGGGGCAGCGCUGGAAUCGGAUUCCUUCGGCGGAUCCGCGGCCUGCUAGUGCGGCAUCGACGCCGGAGCGUCAUCAGCUCGCUUCGGGGAUGACGGGACGCUCGGGGCCAUCCCAGGACGAUGACUUUGAGGAAUGGGCCUGGUCGCGGCGCCAUUCACGAGUUGUGCUCCCACAGCGAGUGGAAGAGGUGGCACGGCGUCUAGAGGCACGCAUUCGUGACCUCUACGGAGACAAGAAGCCGAAUGGAUGGGAGAAAGUACCAGAACUCGUGGAAUUGCUGGCAGAAUUUUGCGAAAGCGCUGUUGCUGCUCGACUUGCUUCGGUGCCCACCAGUGAGGGCUCCGUCCCGUACCGCUUUCAAGAGGAACUCUUCAAUCGUUUAGCAUUCCUGCGAACAACCAAGCCGAAGCUUUUGCAGGUUGCAUCUGCUCGAUACUGGCGUCAGGUAGAGCGCGACGCCGAAGAGCAGCUACGCCAGAUACGAGAUCAGCUCCACAUUGUAGCGGAGCAGCUGCCUGCUGCGGACGGAGCAACGGAAUCGAACCUGCUCGAGAGGCCAGCGCUUCUUGAUUGCGUGCACCAGUACUUUGUCCACCAGGUUCAAGCGUUGAAUGCUGCUAAUUUUCGCUACAAGAAACCCCGCAGCGUCUCCAAAAUGCUCAAAGUUUUCGCAGCCGAGCUGAAACAACAUCCUGUCUUUGUGAACGACGCUAGUGUAACAGCCAAGGAUCUGGAGUCGGUCUAUCGAAAACGGGAAUCGGAGCUGCUUGCGAAACGUAGAGCAGAACGUGAAGCAGAGCGGCAACGAAAACGCGAGGAGCGCCAACGGGACAAGGAACAGCAGGUCACGUCUCAGGUUGAUAGUGAGGGGCGCGCAACACCAACGCACGCGGGCUCGCAACAAAACGAACUGGAGCAGCAGUCACCAGAGGCUUCCCAGACUGGCAGCGAUAGCUUCACGCAGCCGCGCGCUCACCCCAGACAAUCCACUGAACAAUCUGAGGGCGAUCAUCUUUCGGAUGAGGGCGUAUCGACGGCGCCAGCAGAUACGCCUCAGGCUGAGAGAAACAAGCGAACACAUUCUCUGGAGGAGCGUUUUGCCGAGCUCCGCCAAUGGCGUUACGAAACGGAUGAAUGGACUCCAUUGCAUCCGUAUCCGAGCGUUAUUUGUCGUCGAGAUCGCUUUCGCUCGGUGCGGCUCUGGGUCAAGUCGCAGCGCAUGAUUGCACGCGGCACCGGUCGCGGAAAACUGGCGCCGAAAGAUUUCUAUCGCCGUUGUAAGGCAGAGCUGGGCGUCGACCUCUUCCACGGUCUUCAAAUUAUCGGAUCGGUGCAUACAUCGCCCGGUGAAAAGCCACUCUAUAGACCAAGACCUACGGGCAAUCCGCUGAUAUCAGCCCUGAAAAUGCCGCUACCGACGGGAGCGCCAUCUACGUUGUUCGCUUCCAUGGAUCGGUACCGCAUCCCGGAGGACCUGGCGGAGGAAGCUGCGCGCGAGGCUGCAGCAGCUGCAGCAGCUGCGGCGGCCCCGGCCUGGAGGUCGCAGACCGCCACACCCAUAUCAGACAGAGGCACGCCAGACGUUGCAGCGUCGCAGCGUUCAACAGCAGAGCCGCCGCAUGCCAGCGACAAUGCCUCGUCAGCGAUCGAGGCCGCGAGUUCAGACUAA